AUGUACGGGGACACAUUGCUCAUCGUCUGUUUUGGUUCUUUCAAGGCAUUCUUUAGAUUUCUGAUCACCGACGACCUAUCUUUGUUCAGAUAGUUGCUCCGUUCCUAAUUUUAGUUCUCGCUAUGUGUGCUCGAAAAAAUUCACAAGAGAAGAGUGGAAGGGCUAUUCCGAGCACCAAAACGGUAAAAAAACUGCGAAAGGCUCAAUUUCAUUUUUCUUUUCAGCUGAAAUCUGGUCGCGUGCAAUGUAUAUCGCAGAAGGAACUGAAUGACGAACACCAGGAAAGUGUGACCGGAGUCAGUGUUCGGCAAGUGAAAAAGCGAGAUGCUCCGAAAAGUGGGAAAAAAAUACAUGCAAUUCCGAGAAUUGCUCGCAUUUCAGACGAAGUUCACAAACCGAUCGAUGCAGCUGUCUCCGAGGGAAUGAUAUUGGACCCAAAACAUUUUAAAAAACAAGGAAACAUCGAUAUGGUCAGUUAUUAAUUCAGACAGAAAACAUUUUGAUUGUUUUUUUAACUCUAAAAUCUUUUUUGAAUUCGUAGAGUACGGUAGAAGACACAAUUUAGCACGCACACAUCGUGUUUGCGUACUGUGUGUACCGUAAUUACCUCGAAUACCUUUCGAAAGCGUUCCUCUUAAAUUGUUUUAUGUGCUCGAAUCCUAUUCAAAAAUCUUUUUUUUUGCGUUCAGAUGCCAUCUAACCUUGAUUUUCACAAAGAAAUCAAGCAUUUGAUGGACAACCCUCCAAUUUCGGAUGCAGACCGUUCGGGCUCCAACUCCUCUGAAAAUAAUGACCAAAGAAGGGUAAUUCGCUCCAUUUUAUGAAUUUAUGAAAAAGCGAGUGAUAGGUUGUUAUCCAUCCAUCGCAGUGCAAAAUUUUCGAAACUUCGAAACCAUCCAGCGAACCUUCUAGUGUCUAA